AACCGCCAUUAAACCUCAGCAAAGAAGAAGAAAGAAGCUAGCGGCGUUAGCUCCGUGUGGACAGUGAAAGCGGAAAGACGGUGUCGCAGGUCAAAUAUUCCAGUUGUUUACGAAGCAGCGAUGUGUUCGUUUCCAUAUUUGAGAGAUUGAAUCCACAGACGACUAACUGCUGCUGCUGAAGACAUAUUCACACACGUAGAAAGAAUCGUCGUCGAGUACGAUGAAGAGAUGAAUCGUCAGCGCAAACUGUUGGAGGUCGUUUGGAAACCUAAAGUCAAGUUACAGCGGAUCGAGCUUCCACUGAAAGAUGUUCUUAAGGAGGAGGAGGAGGAGGAGGUUCUCACUGAGCAGCAGCUCUGUAACCAGGAGAGGAACUCUAGUCUGGACCAAGAGGAACCAGAGUCUCUACAGAUUAAAGAGGAAGAGGAGGAAAUCUGCACCAGUCAGGUGCAGGAGCAGCUUGAAAUGAAGCAGGAGGCUGAUAACUUUAUGUUGACUCCUGAUAAUGAAGAAAGUGAUCACAUGGAACCAGAACCAGACACUGACCACCAGCUCCUCUCUGCUGUAGCUGAGAGUCAAGAACAGACAGGGAACAAACAUGUAGAAAUUACCAUUGUUGAGUCCAAAGAAGAGAAGGAUCGUCAGCGCAGACUGAUGAAGAUCCUUUGGAAACCUCGAGUAAAGUUACAGCAGAUAGAGCUUCCACAGCGGAAUGUUAAAAAGGAGGAGGAGGAGGAGGUUCUCACUGAGCAGCAGCAGCUCUGUAACCAGAACUCCAGUCUGGACCAAGAGGAACCAGAGUCUCUACAGAUUAAAGAGGAAGAGGAGGCUGAUACCUUUAUGUUGACCCCUGAUAAUGAAGAAAAUGAUCACAUGGAACCAGAACCAGACACUGACCACCAGCUCCUCUCUGCUGUAGCUGAGAGUCAAGAUCAGAGAGUCCACAUGAGAAAUGUUACAGGUGAAAAAACCCAUGUGUGCAAUAUUUGUAAGAAAUGUUUUGAGUGUAAAAGCGGUUUGAUGAUCCACAUAAGAACUCACACAGGUGAGAAACCCUACGUUUGCCACAUUUGUAAGAAAUGUUUCACCCAGAAAGGUAACUUGAUGAACCAUGUGAGAACUCACACAGGUGAGAAGCCCUAUGUUUGCCACAUUUGUAAGAAAUGUUUUACACAGAAAGCUUCCUUAAAUAACCACUUGAGAACUCACAAAGGUGAUAAGCCAUAUUCUUGUGAAACAUGUGGAAACUGUUUUGGGCGAAGUUCAGAAUUGAAAGAGCAUAAAAGAACUCACACAGGUGAGAAACCCUAUGUUUGCCACAUUUGUAAGAAAUGUUUUACACAGCACUCAACCUUGACAAACCACAUAAGAACUCACACAGGUGAGAAACCCCAUGUUUGCCACAUUUGUAAGAAAUGUUUUACACUGAAAUGUAACUUGAUGGACCACAUGAGAACUCACACAGGUGAGAAGCCGUAUGUUUGCCACAUUUGUAAGAAAGGUUUUACACAGAAAUCUACCUUGACUAACCACGUGACAACUCACACAAGUGAGAGGCCAUUUUCUUGUGACACCUGUGGUAAGUGUUUCGUGAAAAGUUCAGGCCUGAAAAAGCACAAAAUAAAUCACACCGGUGAGAAGCCCCACGUGUGCCACAUUUGUAAGAAAUGUUUUGCACUCAAAUCUACCUUGACGAACCACAUGAGAACUCAUUCAAAGGAGAGGCCUCUUUCUUGUGAAACAUGUGGUAAGUGUUUUCUACAUAAUUCAGAUUUGACGGACCAUGUGAGAACUCAUGGGAAAUGCCAUAUUCUUGUGUAACAUGCAGAAAGUGUUUUGGAUGACGUUCAGAUUUGAGAAAUCACAAAAUAAUUCACACAGGUGAGAAGUCCCAUGUUUGCCACAUUUGUAAGGAAUGUUUUCCAUUUAAAAGUUACUUGAUGAACCACAUGAGAACUCACACAGGUGUGAAGAAACCAUAUACCACUGACGUGUAGAGCUGAAACGAUGAAUCGAUUAUUAAUCGAUUACUAAAUUAAUUGACAACUAUUGUUUUUAAUUGUUUUAGUUCACUACUCAUUUAGUCCUUUUUUAUUUUAUCCUUCUUAUAUGAUGAUGGUCCCGAUCAUUGAAGCUGUGUUUGUUUAAACACAUUUAUUGUCGUCUUCAAAGUCCUGGAAUUAAAGGUUUUGAGUUUGUAUUUUUUUGUAAAUAAAUUCUCACAAGUAUUGUGUGCCAUUGUUAUACACCA